UGAUGAAAAUUGUCGACAGUAACAGGGAUUGUGUAGAGGAAAUUAGUUAUGAAGCAGAAAAUUCUCAAUUUGAAAGCUUCCCAAGGAAAGGUUCAGCAGCAGAAGAAGACACUAUUGUGGGUGUUGAUGAUGAUAUACUGGAGAUCAAAGGCCGGCUGUGUGGCUCCCCCACAUCUAAACUCGAAAUUUUGGCGCUUGUGGGGAUGGGAGGCAUUGGCAAAACGGCUCUCGCUAGGAAAGUGUACGAAGAUCCAUUAGUUAUGCACCACUUCUACCUGCGAGCCUGGAUAACUGUGUCAAGACAGCAUCGGGUUGGAGAAAUGCUUCUUGGUCUUCUGCGUUGCAUGUGCCCAUCCAGCAAUGAAAUCUACAAGACAAGUGAGCAUCAGCUGGCGGAAGAAUUGCGCAGAAGGCUAAUAGGUCACAAGUAUCUUAUUGUCAUGGAUGACGUGUGGACUAGUGAGGCCUGGGAUGAUGUUAAAAGAUGUUUCCCAGAUGACAGGAAUGGGAGUCGGAUUAUAUUGACAAGCCGGGUUAUGGCAGUGGGUGUUCAUGCUCAGCCAGGCAGUGCUCUACACUGCCUGAGGCCUCUGGAUUUGCAUCAGAGCUGGGAGCUGAUAUGCCAGAAGGUGUUUGGAAAGACACCCUGCCCCUCAGAGUUGGUGGAGAUUGGGAAGAAAAUUGCAGAGAGAUGUGGAGGUCUACCUCUAGCAAUCGUCGUGGUUGCUGGUUCUCUUGCUAAGGUAAGUAAGACAAGAACCUCUUGGUCCAAUUUUGCCAAAAUGGUUGGUUCAGCUGCAAAUGAACAAGAGAAACAGAAAUGCUUAGAUAUACUUGCUUUGAGUUAUCAUUACUUGCCGUGCCAUUUGAAGCCUUGCUUCCUCUAUAUGGGAGCUUUUCCAGAAGAUUAUGAGAUUCCUGCUUGGACACUAAUCAGGCUAUGGAUAGCUGAGGGGUUUUUGCCCCCCGAAACAAAGCUGAAGAGCCCGGAGGAAGUGGCAGAACACUGUUUGGAGGAUCUUGUCAGUAGAAGCCUUGUUAUGGUAGCAAAGAGGAGAUCCGACGGUGGAGUUAAGACGUGUGUCAUUCAUGAUCUUCUGCGCGAAUUGAGUUUGCAAGAAGGCGAAAAGGAGAACUUUAUGCAUGUUAAGAAAGAGCAUGCCAACAUAUAUAGUGCAGAUGCUUAUAACGAGCAACGUUUCAGUUUCCCUUCUGGUGUAGAAAUCAUUGACACAAAAACUGACAUUAUUUGCCUUAACCAUUCUGCUCCCCUCACCCGUUCUUUUCUCUGUUUUGCUAAAAUUAGCACACCCCCAUCAGAGACUAUUUUCCAUGUUUCAGCUUUCAGAUUGCUGAGGGUAUUGCAUUUAGUAGGACACACAUUUAUUCAUUUCCCAGUAGAGAUAACGCAGCUGGUUCAUUUGAAGUAUCUAGCACUCCGGUUUUACCAUCCUGAUUUCCCCGUUUCGGUGUCCAAACUUGUGAAUCUACAAACCUUAGUGAUUGAAACAUCAGAAGUCUUGAACUUGCCAAGAGAAGUGUGGGAAAUGGAACAGUUGAGGCAUCUACAUUUUAGGAAUAGCAGUUUCUGGCCUAAUCCUAGUCCUAUAACCAGCAGUGUUGGCUCAAGGAGUAGCAACCUUUUGUGGAAUCUACAGACACUUUCCUUGAUAGGCUUCAACAGCUGUACAACAGAAGUUUUGUUUAGUAUCUCCAAUCUGACGAAACUGGGCAUUGCAGGACGGUGGCCAGAAGUGGAAAACGGGGAAUUACAAGAGCGAUGGACUACACAGCAGCAGUUACACAAUCGCCUCAAUGAUCUCGUCUACUUGAAACUACUAGAAACACUAAAGUUGUAUAGAGUCUUGGAACAGCAUAUUCCACCGUGGGAUGUUUUCCCACGAAACCUUAAAAAGCUGAGCAUUACAAUGUGCUAUUUGUCGCCCAAAUCUGUGACCACAUUCUCUAUGUUACCCAACCUGGAGAUUCUGAAACUGAAAGAUGUGAAUUUCAAAAGAUAUGCUUUCGAACUGAGUGAACAAGUGUUCAAAACGCUGAAGUUUCUGCUGAUUCAGUCUUCCACCCUUAAACUCUGGGAAGUAGCUAACAGUUAUCAUUUCCCAAAACUUGAACGCCUAGUUCUGAAACAUUGCUUUAGCCUGAAGGAGAUUCCUAAUGAGAUUGGGGAUAUCCCAACACUUGAGUUCAUUGAGUUGCACCAUUCUCCUGCAGUUGAACGCUGCGCAAGAAAGAUUGAAGAUGAGCAGAGGGAUUUGGGAAAUGACAGCUUCAAAGUUUAUAUCAACCGUAGUAGUGUUAUCUCCUAGCUACAAUAAUGCUAUUAAAUUUAGUCAUUCUGCAAUUUUUUCAUGGUUGCAACCUGAAACAGUUUACUUCACAUAAAACAUACAUUUUCUUAUUAACUUGUGAGCCAAACAAGGCUCUUAACAGGCCAAUAUUCAUCUGAGACAUUCUAGUA